AGAUUUGGGGUUGAAGUUGCAGCUGACAGAGAUAGACAAGACAGCAGUGAGAUAUCAGUGGAGCUAUGGAGCUUUAGGAAACUGUUGGUGGAGCCUCUGAACAGGACUGUAAUUGGGGUGAGGCCUUGGUGACGAGUUUUUAUUGAAUUUAGAAGUUUUGGGGUUUAUUUCAGAUUUUUUAAGUUCAGAAAGUCAAAUUUGUAGUUGUGUGUCAGUCUGUAAUAUUUGAGGUGCUCGAUGGCUGUUACGCAGGCUGUACUCCCCUCCUUCAGCUCCUUUACCAACUUCACCCCCUGCACUGACGAUAUGAAGGUUUGGGAUGCAGAGGUGAGCUCUCUCCCCGUGGACCCCCUCAGCAGCAGGCCGUUACCCCCAGACACUGAGCAGCUCCAGGUUCAACACCUGACUCUCGAGGAGCUGGACAAUAGCAGCCAGGCAUCAUGGGACAUCGAUCUCUUACUGUCAGACUGGGCCCUGAGCCCCUCACCAGAGCCCUGUGUGAACACACAGCCUGAGCUGCCAGAGAUCAGCAUCAAGUCGCUUACUGAGACGUGUUCCUUCAAAGACCAGCAGGACAGCAGUCAUGUGGCCGAACUACUCUCCACAGUUGAGAGCUCCCAGUCUGAGCUAUACCAUCCUGGGUACUCUGACCCUCAGCCUGCCCGAACACUCCCCAUCCCAAAUGUGGAGCAGUUUGGCUUUCCCCAGACAAGCAGCAUAGACAGGCACAGAGGAGCUCCUGCCAAGAUCCUGUCCUGGGACUUCAGUCCGUACUACGCCCCUCAGCAGCCCACUAUGGUGGCCUACACAGACCACAGGUUCCUUCCUCCUCAAACUGUGCACCAUGAUCCAAGACACUACUAUGUGCCCCACUUUGGUCCCAACAGCAGUGUUUACUGUGACUUCAGUCCCACUGUUGGCCAUGUGCCCCUGAACCAGCCUGGGCUGAUACUGGCCUCUCCCCUCCCCCCAGGGGCAGUGGAGGGCAAACGUGGGCGUCGGACCGUGGGCAAGAAGAGGCCUGCCAUCCACAGCUGUGAGUACCCAGGCUGCUCCAAGACCUACACCAAGAGCUCGCAUCUGAAGGCCCACCUCCGCACCCACACAGGUGAAAAGCCAUACCAUUGCACCUGGGAGGGCUGCAGCUGGAAGUUUGCACGUUCAGAUGAACUGACCCGUCACUAUCGCAAGCACACAGGUCAGAAGCCCUAUGAGUGCCUCCUGUGUCAGAGGGCCUUCUCUCGCUCGGACCAUCUGGCUCUGCACAUGAAGAGACACGCAUGAGGAAUACAGUUAAUACUAAUGAGAAUAACAAUGCCAAAGAUGUACUAAUAUUUGGAGAGAAAUAUUCACAAACCAUUCAUUUGAGAAUUAGGCGGUAAUUUAUUUAGUAAUACAGACCUGAUAUUGGGACCAAACAGAGACACUGUAGACAUGGGCAUUGAAACACUAAAAAAAACUCCAGCCUUUGUAACUUUACUUAUUAUGUAUAGAUCACUGUGUGGUAGGUUUUAUUUAAAAAGUGCCUUGUAUUGUCUUUGUAGGUUUCUCUAUUUUCUCAUGUUUAAAAAGGUAGCAGCAUAUUUAUUGAGAUAUGUUUUAUAUCAAGAUUAUAUUAAUGUAGAGGAUUUUAUAUUCUAACAGUGUGUGUUUUUUUUAUGUUAUUUUAAAUAAAAUAUUGGCGCUGUAAA